CUAAAGGUGCUCCUAAACGAGCAAUGUUUUCCUGCAAUAUGUGGCUGCAAUACAGUGGUCGGCAACAUUGCGAGCAAUUCCAGCCAUACUACGCAAUAUUGCAGGAAUUUCCCAGACAUAUAGCCACAUAUGUUUGAUGUUGCAGCGAAUGGCCGAUAUUGUUUUGAUAGGUUGCCGGACGAUCGCUGGGCUGUCGAUUUUACUGCAAUGUUGCCCAGCCAGUUUUAUUGUUGUUUCAGUCGCUCUCAAUUGUUAUGAUAUAGUGCAUCCUUUUCUACACGACGUGAAGUUGACUAUGAGUGGGCUGUGCGAGGUGACGCACCGUGCCGUGACUAAUUGCUAUAUUCUGUGUAGUUAUCACGUUGUUUUGUUUUGGUUUUCGGGUUAUGUAUGUGAAUUAUAAUUAAUAAACAAAAAUGACUAAUACGUGGACUAACGAGACGGUGGUUGAUUUUAUCAAUGAAGUUCAUUUACAUCCUGAGUUAUGGGAUACGAAAAGCGGAAUUUACAAAGAUAGAAUGGCAAAAAAAGACGGAUGGAAUGAAAUCGCUGAAAAAUUCGGCAUAACCAACGACGAGGCUUAUAAAAAAUUUAGAAGCCUAAGAACAUACGCACUUAAUGAGCAGAAAAAAAAUAAAAGCGGUAGCGCUGGUGGUAGAAUCGUGAAAUGGUUUGCUUAUGAUGCAAUAUCGUUUGUUUAUAACCAAAACACCGCGAAUACAGGAUUAGACAGUGAAAAUGCAACACCUAAUGUGGAAACUGCAAACACUGACGACAGUGCUGGCCCAGAAGAAGUCGUGAAUACAGAUACAACUGACUCUGUAGAAAUCUUAGAUACUAGUCCAAAACCACGUACUAAGAGACCUAAGACUGUAGAUCCAUUAUUAGAAAAGGCUCAAAACAUUAUACGUGGUGCUGGUGAAACAAAAAGAAAUGAAUAUGCUGGUUUCGGAGAGCAUAUAGCAAACAAGCUAAGCAAAUAUGACGAUUACACCCGUGCUCAAGCAGAAUUAAAAAUUAUGCAAAUUUUGUUCGAAUGUGAUAUGUCUAUGCACAGAACUCGACCUUUGUCUCGAUUUACACCAAGUCCUAACAGUAGUAGAGGUGGAGCUAGCACAUCACAAAGCCAAUAUUCUGACAUUUCCAUACUACCACGUCAAAAUAAUAUCCAGUAUGUUAUUGUUCCUAACUCUCAAGAUGUUAAUACUUCAAUUCAAACUCAGUCAGAGCAAAAUACUUUACAGCAUGUUUUGGAUAAUCAGUCUCAAGUUCCUCAGUCGACUACUUAUGAAGAACUUGUGUCAUAUACUCUCCAGUAUGAUGAAUCACAAAAGUAAAAAUUAUUACUACCUAAGAUGUACUAAGUACCUACCUUGGUAACAUAACAAGUUUCUUCGGGAAAGUUGUUCAGUUCCAUGGUCUGAACUCUGAACUCAUGUCGAUGAUGAUUGAUGAUGAUUUAUUACUAUUAUUUUUAUAAUUAGAGUUAAGUAGGUAUAAUUAAGUACACCUUAUGAUUAUAAUAACAUACCUACAUAAUAAACCAAUGUCAACUUACCUUGAUGUAUUCUUUUAAUCCUUCUAUCAAAGCUGCACUAACCUCUGGAACUAUAACAGAAAUCGAAGCAUCUGACACUCUGAAUAGAUACAUCAAGCUUUUAAAUGAAUCUCCAGUUGCCAAAUAACGUAGAGUUAUCGCUAAUCUUGUGGUAACCGGUAUUGCGUUCCUCAUGUUUGUAUCAUUUCUUUUUAUUUUCGGUCCGAUUUUAUUUAAAAUAUACUCGAAGUCACUCUUUGACAUUCUAGAAAAGUUGUCAAAUAAUUUUUUAUCAAGCAUUAAUUCUUGACAUAAAUUGUCUACUGUUUCACGCCUAUUGAAGUAAGGUCGAAUCCACAUUC